AUGCAGGACUCUGUCCUCCCUGCAGAGAAAGCUUCGGCGAGGGAAGAAGUCAGCAAGUGGAUGACAUCCACAGACUGGGGCAGCAAGACAGUCUGCGUGCGAAUCAACCCGAUGGAUACACCACUUUGGGAAGCCGACGUCAGUUCCACUCUGAAGAAGGAGAAGCCGCAUAUGCUCGUUGUGCCCAAAGUCUCGAGCCCCGCGGACCUAGACAAGCUGGGUACCAAGUUGGCCGAGUUGGAAAAGCAGUUGGGCCGAGAGGUCGGGGGCACGACUGUCCUCCCCAUUGUCAGCGAAGUUCCUGAGGCGCCGCUGAGAGCCCACGAGAUCGCCCGGCACCCGAGGGUCGAAGCCGUCACUUGGGGCGCCGAGGACCUGUCUGCUGAACUCGGCGCCAAGAAGCGCCGGGAUGGCUCGGGACAGUACCUGGAAGUCUUUCAGCUGUGCCGAAGCCUCACCCUCUUGGCUGCCAAAGGUGCCAAGGUUCAGGCCAUCGACACGGUCUACACGAACUUGAAAGAUCUGGAGGGCUUGAGGGCGGAAAGCGAAACCUCGGCUGACACCGGCUUCGAUGGCAAGCUCACGAUCCAUCCGGACCAGAUCGACGUGGUGAAUGCUGCCUUUUCGCCCAGCAGCCAAGAGGUAGCCGAGGCCACCGAGCUCUUGGAGGCGGCAAAGAGCCAGCCCGGAGCCUUCCGUUUCAAGGGGCAGAUGGUGGACAUCCCACAUUUCAAGCAGGCUCAACGUAUCUUGGACCGCGCAGACUCCACGGGCCCAGCAGCCGAAACGACACAGAAGCCACCGGCCUGGCCCGAGGGUCCCUUCCAUGGGAAGUGGCUAGAGGAGCUGACCGAAGGCUUGAUCAUUCCGCACGCUCUGACGCGCACUGUCAGCGAGACUGACAAUCUGCUCUUCACGACCAUGACAUUGAACCCGGCGAGACUGCACUUGGACUACGAGUCGGCGAAGGCCACACAGUUUGGCAAGCCCCUCGUCAACAGCAUGUUCACCCUGGCAUUGUUGGUGGGGAUGUCUGUGCUGGAGACAACUCACGGAACUACGAUCGCAAACCUCGGCUUUGAAGAGGUGGUGUUCCCCAAGCCAGUCUUCUACGGUGACACGCUGCGGGCAGAAACAGAGGUGAUCAAGAACCGUCCGAGUUCCUCGAAUCCCUCCCGUGGCAUCGUCACUUUUGAGCACAGGGCCUUCAAUCAGAACGGCCAGGUGGUGUGCAAAGCCAGACGCAAUGCCAUGAUGCGCAAGCGGCCCUCCAGCCUUUGA